AACAUGAUGUCAUAAUACAUUAUCAUAUUUACUCCACCUUCAUAGCAGCCAGCAUAGAUCUCACAUUCGCUGCCAUGUUUUGAGUUUUAUUGUUUUGCUGUAAUUAAUUUCACAUAUGAUUCCAUGUUGUGUUUAGUUUCUUAUCACGAAAUGUGUUUUCUACGCCUCGGUUUUAAUCCUUUGAUUGUUUUUUUCCUUCUGUAGUCUCCAGAGGUUUUAUGCAGUUAGGUGUGUGUGAGCUGUUUUAUGCAGAUAUUGGUUUUACAAAAAUUUACAUACAAAUAGAAAACUCUGACAACUGCUACAAUGAUUCUUUAAACCCUUUUUUUUCAUUCACCCAUGCAAUUUGAUAUAUGAGGCUUUUGCCCCCUUUUUCCACCUCCGUUUUACUGUUCUACCUUUUCUUUCUUCAGCUGUCAGAUGCCUAUUUGCACGACAGAUUCAGUGUACCCGGUAGUUUGAUACUUGAGUAAACCUUCUUUAGGUUGAGAAGGGAAACUUGACCAUCAAGUUCACACUGGGUGUGACACGUGUGUGUGUGUAUUGUUAAUCCCACGUCCUGGUCUUUCUGUAACUCUAAGAGCCUUGACAUAUUUUUCUUUUCCCUUUUGUUCACACAAAUGCGAGAGUUGGCUGCUGGGAAUUUUUCAGGGAACGUCUGCAACAGAUAAGAUGACAACAACGCUGCACUGUACCAGUUUUAUUUGCGUAAUGAGCGCAUGAAGAACACCUGAAAGGAUUCAUUUUGACAGAUCAGUCUUUUAGUUUGUUGCUGAAAUGAAAGAUCGAAUGUUCCUGACCCUCACUGCUGUGAUUGUGCUCCUUCUAAUCUUUUUCCUAACUUCGUUUGAUGCACAGGAGAAGGCACAAAAUGUUCUCAGGUUCAAUAAAAUUCACACAAAAUUCACAACAGGCACAGCUAAAGUAGUACCAAAGUGCAGCCUUUCUGCAGUCUGUCCCUCGGACCACUUUGCUUUUAAAAUCUGGAGUGGAGCUGCUAAUGUAGUUGGUCCAAAAAUCUGCUUUGAUGGUAAAAACAUUAUGAGUCACAUUAUGAACAAUGUGGGACCAGGACUAAACACUGUGGUGGUAAAUGGUGAGAAUGGAGUUGUUGAAAAGUUUGGCUAUCUUAACAUGAUUAGUGGAAACUCGACAGACAUCUUGGCAUACCUGAAGGAGAUAAAACCAGGAAUGAUUGUGCUGGUGGCCUCCUUUGAUGAUGCAGCAACAAAGAUGACAGAGGAAAUAAGGCAGAUGUUUGUCGAGAUGGGAAGCACUUUGAUCGACUCUGUUAAGCAGAGAGACAACUGGGUGUUUGCUGGAAGAACGGGGAUAAAAAUCAAAAGCUUCUUUGAGCAGCGAGCUGAGAAUGAUAAGAAAACAAACAUUUUCGAUGGAUGGCCAGAGAUGGUGGAGGUGGGCGGCUGUUUCCCAAGAACCACAAGUGUCUAAAAGUUUUCAUAAAUGGACUUUGAAGAUUUUCUUGCAAAAGACUUGAAGCUAUGGAAAGUAUUUUAUUCUGCAGAAGUAAACAAAACACUCUAAAUGCAUGCUUACCCUUUCUUACAUAGUGGUCGCUGCAGUGGGCAACCACUCUAAGUCCACAUAAACAUUGUUAAAAAACAUAAAAACAUGAACCAGGUGGAAUGUAAUGCUGGACACUUGGUGAAUGUUUUGGCUGUCCCUCUGUUGUACAAAAUCCUUAUGGACAAAAAAAUAAAAUAAAAUAAAUAACAAUAU